GGCAUGCCCCGCGCGGCCGGACGCGCGUCACGGCGGCUCGGUGCCGGCGGCUCGGUGCCGGGGCGGGGGGGCAUUACCGAGCGCGGCUCCCGCCCGCCGCGGCGGCAGGUGGUGUGCAGCCAUGGCUAUCCUCUUCGCCGUGGUGGCCAGGGGCACGACCAUCCUUGCCAAACAUGCCUGGUGUGGAGGAAACUUCUUGGAGGUGACAGAGCAGAUCCUGGCAAAAAUCCCAUCUGAAAACAACAAACUGACCUAUUCCCAUGGGAAUUACCUGUUCCAUUACAUCUGCCAGGACAGGAUCAUUUACCUCUGCAUCACAGAUGAUGACUUUGAACGAUCCAGAGCCUUCAACUUCCUGAAUGAAAUCAAGAAGAGGUUUCAGACCACCUAUGGCUCGAGAGCGCAGACAGCCCUGCCCUAUGCCAUGAACAGCGAGUUCUCCAGUGUCUUGGCUGCACAGCUGAAAUACCACUCAGAGAGCAAAGGCCCUGACCAGGUGGCAGAGACACAAGCCCAGAUCGAUGAACUCAAAGGCAUCAUGGUUCGAAACAUAGACCUCGUGGCACAGAGGGGAGAGAAGCUGGAGCUGCUGAUCGAUAAAACAGAGAACCUGGUGGAUUCGUCAGUCACUUUCAAAACCACCAGCAGGAACCUUGCCAGAGCCAUGUGCAUGAAGAACCUCAAGCUUACCAUCGUCAUCAUCAUCGUAUCCAUUGUCAUCAUCUACAUCAUCCUGUCAGCUGCCUGCGGUGGGCUCGCUUGGCCGAGCUGUGUGCAGAAGUAGCUGGAGGCAGCUGGUGCUGGUCACUUGGAGAAGAGAAUCCUAGAAGUGUGAAGAAGCAACCUACAGAAUAACUCUUAAUCUUUCACUACUGACACCUUUUCAUCCUUCCAUCCCUCCAGGACUCAAGACUUUUUUUGCCUUACCACCCCCACCAGGCCCAGCUGGUGGCUGCUCCCCUGCAGCUGCAACCUCAAGAAUGGGCUGGGUUCAAAUUACUUGAAGUGAUUUUUGUUGUUGUUUCAUUUUCCUUGUCCCAUCUCCGACCUUCUCAGCUGGAUCCAUCCAAGAGGAGAUCCUUUGGUCCAUAUGGAGGGUUAGGUGCAUGCUCCAUGGUGUAGCUUUGCACUUCCACCUCGGCGUGCAAGUGGAAGAGUUCUGCUGGCAGAUGUCCUGCCUGUGAGGUUGUUGGUGGAGGGUGGUUCAGAGGGGUGGAGCCAAGCUGAUAGUGGUGGCUGGAAAUGAGGUUCUACUUAAUCCAAGUGUUGGAGAUCCAAGUCCUCUCCAUGCCUGGCCUCACAUGGGCCUGUAGCACAGCAACGUGUUGAGGUUGCAAGUGGAACAAUACUGGUAGGAAGGAGGAGAACAGGGCCUAGUGCACUGUAAGAGGAAGGUGAUACCUCUGUAGGAGACUUCACUCUUCCUGGAGGUCCUUCUGGAGGAGUUGGGUCACCUCAGUGUUUUGAAAUGGCUGCUCUUCAUCCUCACUUCUCCCUCAUCUCCAACCCCCUUCAUUUGUGGCUCAGAUGAUGCAGAAAAAGAGAUGGUUGUGUAGAGUCAAGGUUGCAGUGAUGAAUCUACUUUCUCACCUGUCCUUUCUCCUCCUCCUCUUCUUCUUCUGAGGGUGGACUAAAAUGGAUACUAAUGAUCUCACUUGCUAAGGUGACAUUUGGGGCCAAUCUGUCUGUCUGGCUUGAGGAGGUGUUAGGGAUCUGCUGCUUGUGCUGCUCUGCCGGCGGGUGUGGAAAAUGAGAGAAGGGGCAGAAGGUUGGAGUUGGUGGAUGCUCAUCUUAGGGGCUGAAGGUUCCACCAGAGGGCGUAGUAAGACAGAAAACACAAACCAAACCCGAGGCUAAUAACCAAAUGUGGGAGCAGGGAUGGUGGUGAGAUGCUGCUGGCAGAGGACAGGUCCUGCUUUCCCUGCUGCUGGAGACUGCAAGGAUCAUUUCUGUCCCAGGUCUCUCCUGGCUGUGAUUGUCCUGUACCUCACAGGUUUCUUUCCAAGAGAAGAAACAGAUACAACUGAAAUCUCAGCAAGCAUCAGACGGUUCACAAAAGUGCAUCUUGGCAGCUCAGGGAGGUGGCUUCUGACAGUGGCUAGAAGCUGUUGAGUUGAGGGGAGGGGAAGCUUGGUUUGGUGACUGACCUCCAGCCUGGGGUUGUUGCCAGCACAGGCAGGACAAGGACACGAGACUGCUGUUCCCUCACAUCAGUUACACCAACCUCAGAGCUCUCCAGAGAGUGUUGGAUCAAGAGUUCUAGAAAGUCAUCUGCUUAGUGGUGCUGUCUGUCUUCGGCUGAAGUUUAGCUAAGGGUGGUCAGAUCUUGAUAGCCAGCAAGUGUGGGUGGUUUUGGUCAGCCUGGUGGUCACCAGCCUGUGUUUCUCUCUGUGUUGAUUGAAUGUAAAAGCUCAGAGCAAGAUCUCCUCCCGCUGAGCUCCUGCAGCCCCCCAAGCCCAGUGUAGGACGGUGCAUGUUUUAGGGAUUGCUGAUGUUCUUGUGGUCCUUCCUGUCAGCUGUUGUCUCCUGUACAAAGAACUUUUUAAAGAUGAGGCUUCCUUUCCUUUUGAAGGACGCACUGAGGCGUUGGUGUACAAAGAUUUGAUUUCAAUAAAAUGAUUGUACAGAG